ACUCGUGCCGGCUUUGAAAGCGGGAAGGAGAACAUAAUCAAUCAUUAUUACCCGGAUUCGGAUACGUAUCUACUAGUGGACAGCGUUGCAAUCCUCACAAAAAUGUCACGAGAGCAAGUUUGGGAGCUGUACGGGUCGUUCCUCAUCGAAUACACGAUGGAAAUCGGGUGGGAUGAACUCAUCAGAAACAUGAGUCCUAAUUUGAAGGGUUUUCUCGACAAUCUUGACGCUUUACACUACUUCAUUGAUCAUGUUGUCUACAAAGCAAAUCUCCGUGGACCAUCAUUCCGUUGUGAGGAGAACGCUGAUGGCACCAUGACACUGCAUUAUUUCACCGGUCGCCCCGGAUUAUACCCUAUAGUCAGGGGCGUCCUCUACGAAAUGGCUCGUCGCAUAUUCAACAUUGACAUUACUGUGAACGUAACAGGACGCACUCAACGCACCGUACAAAUGAUGUCUGGAGAACGAACCGAAGAGCAUGUGAUAUUCCAUAUUAAGGGUACGGACCAAAGAAAUGGCAUUAUAAGCGAUCCUUUACAAGUCCACAUUCCUUCGUUAGAUCUUUCCGACCAGACGCUACAUAUGAAUGCUCUCGAAUUUGGCACAGCGCUACCAUACCAUGUGGUAUUUGAUGAACACUGCCGACUGGUUCAGCAUGGGAAAGAGCUGGUUAACCACGUUCCAAAGGAGCUUCUUGCCAAAGGAACACCAAUAAUGCGUAUUUUCGAAGUAAACAGGCCACAAAUUCCUUUCGAUUUCGACAACAUUUGCAAUUUCAUCAAUGCCGUUUUCGUACUACAAGUGAAGAGUUCACCUGCAGACGUCAGACGUCAACAACAACAGCCACAGGAAAAGUUAAGCGGCGACGCGGCAAGCACAAACACAUUUCACCAUGGUCAUCAUCUGAAACUCAAAGGGCAAAUGAUGCUCCUAUCAGAUCGUAAGAGCUUGAUUUACAUCUGCUCACCGUACGUCACCUCAAUCCAAGAGCUCAUGCAAUUCGGUAUGCGUCUGACGGCAAUGCCUCUUCAUGACGCCACCCGUGAUCUAAUCCUGCUGAAUCAGCAACGCCUCACUGAUGUCGAAGUCAGUUUACAACUCGAAGCGAACAAUGAGCAGCUAAAAACUAUGGCAAAAGACCUCGAGUCAGAGAAAGACAAAACCGGCACAGAUAUGUUGCCAGAGUCGAUUGUCAAUCAGCUGAUGAACGAUGAACCUAUUGAAGCUCGCGAAUACGAUCAAGCUACGGUUAUGUUCGCUGAUGUGCCAAACUUCCAAGCAAUUUUACCACAUAGCCAACCGAAGGAAAUUGUUCAAAUGCUCAACAAUCUCUUCCAUCGUUUCGAUCGUUUAGUGGCUAUGCAUCAGGUUUACAAAGUGGAAACCGUCGGUGACAGCUACAUGACCGUCGGUGGUAUUCCGGAUCAGAUUGCUGAACACGCUGAAAUGAUAUGUCAUGUAGCAAUAGGAAUGCUUUGGGAAGCCCGAUCAGUGCCGGAACCGGUUAGCAAAAAGCCAUUGCAAGUUCGAAUCGGUAUCCAUUCGGGACCUCUCAUAGCCGGUGUUGUCGCUGUACGAAUGCCAAGGUAUUGUCUCUUUGGUGAUACCGUUAGUAUGGCAUCGUUGAUGACGUUGAAUGGGCUACCUGGAAAGAUUCAUUGUAGUGAACAGACUCAUAAGACGGCAACUUCUACAGGACGGUUUGAGUUUACCAGUCGUGGAAGCAUGUUCAUCAGGGGAAAGGGAGAGAUAGAAACUUUCUUUCUACUCCAAAGUUCAAAGAAGAGUGUGUGGGAAAUCAUCGACAGAGAACGAGAUGUUAACAGGAACUCUAUCGAUGGCUAUGAGGAACUGGAAACGGGCAUGGCUUACGCCGAAGCACGGCAAACUAUUAUACAACCACCGGAUAUUGUAACAUCAAAAACUUGUAUAAUUGCAUAA